UACAGUUAUUAAGAUAUGAAACCAAAAUUAGUAAAGUCAAACUUAAAAGUUUAAAUUACCACGAAAUAUCAUUAAAAUUUUAAUUAAAUUAUACAACUCCUAGCCAUCGUGUUAUACUUUUCUUUUUUUUUUUAAAUUUUACUAAGAAAAUGAAAAAUGUUUGAAAAUGUCAAGUAGAUAAUUCGAUGACCAGGUCCUGUAAUUAUCAGGAAUAUUUUUAAUGAUUACUUCUCGAUCUUUCAAGUUAUACCGAAAUCCCCAGCGACAUAUGCAAAGCCAAACUGAUAAGGAUAUCAAAAGCAAAACCACUGAAAAUGGAGUAGCAUAUAUGUGUAUGCGGAACAUUUGACUUUAGCAAUUUUACUAAUCACUUUUACAUGUUCUUUACAUCCACCUUUUUGAAUUAAGUUCCACGUUCUACAAUGAUCAAUAUCAUUUAUUCUUCUCUCGAACAUUUUCAAAUUGUAAUUUAACGUUUAAAUAUCGAUUUACCAGUAUGAAAGAAAACUGGAAUUUGCUGAUCUUAAUUGUAUAAGCACAUAUUUCAUUAAUAACUCUUUUCAUCUAUUAUUUGCUGAAUUUUAUUUCGACACGGUUUCAUAAAUCAACUGAAAUUUUGUACACUUUUAACCAAAAAUUUAGAACCGAGGAUUAUUAACGUUUGUACUUCCUCCCUGACAUUUGUAAAUGUCAAUUAGUUCGGUGAACAAAGAGAAUCUCGAUAGAAAUAUCAUUUACUAAAAUGUAACUACAUUCAGAAUAUUUCAUAUGAUUUUUUUCUUGAAAAAAAAAAUAUGUAACAAUGUAUUCAAUAAAUCAUCCUUCUAAACAAGUCAAUGACAAUAAACUCUUUUAACUGAUAAUGUAGUUGCCAGUUAAGUCCCGUAUUCUAAACGACUGUUUGAUCGAUAUCUUCAUAUUCGACGAGGAGGUUAAAUAAUAUCACAGGUUUUUGUCUGAAGAAAAUAAAGUUCAAGUUCGAAGAAAACUAUGCCGCCUAAAAAACGAAAGAAGGAAGUUAAGCAGAUAUCUAUAGAGCAACUACCAACGAUAGAACCAGAUAUUCCCGAGGUGUUGGAACCGGAAGAGCCACCGAAGCCUCUGAUAUCAGUGGUAACAGGGGAACCAUACGGUCCCCGCGUUCGUUGCAUCAGCGAAAAGAAAGAAGAAGAAAGUUCUGAUGACGAGCCUGAAUCCGAAAGCGACGACGAACUUAAACACGACGAUGUACCGCAAGUGCCUUCAGAAUUUUGGCACAUACAGAAGCUUAUCAGGUACAUGAAGGCCGGAAAUCAAACAGCGACCAUGGUGGCUCUUUGCCUUCUGAAGGAUUACGACCUUCAGAGCAAGAUUAUACAAAAAGCGAUUCAAGGAAUGGGAGGCCUAGAAAUCUUAGUGAACCUGCUCGAAACGAAAGAUUUAAAAUGUCAGAAUGGUUCUCUGACAGUUUUACUUCGGAUUGCAUCUUCCACGGAUAUGCGACGAUACCUGAUUGAUCUUGGAAUCGUAACACCGUUGAUUGAAAUGUUGAGGCAUCCAGCUAGAAAUAUUCAGGUUUUGGCUACCGAGACCAUGGCUAUCAUCGCGAAAAUCAGAAAAGCGAGAAAGCAAAUACGUAUACGAGGUGGUAUACCUCUCAUAUUGGACGUAAUGGACGUGCCAGACAAUAUUCUAAAACGUCCUUUCGAUGACUUAAACGAAACCAAUCAGGAGUUAGUCGCAGUUGCGAUUGGUUGUGCCAAGGUUUUGGAUUCUGUGAGCAGUAGCCCGAAAGUGAAGGAGGAGCUUUACAAAUACGGAGUGGUGAAGCUUAUGGAACGUUUCUUGAAAUCUACGUGCACAUCUCUGAUAAUACCCAUGAUGGGUACUGUUCAACAAUGUGCAAUCCUGAACGUAUUUCAGAAAGCCUUCGAACAGACGGACAUCAUGCCCAAUGUGGUAAGGCAUUUGAAGAAGACCGACGAUGUUAAAUUGAAGGAAAAUUGCGCAUUGGCUAUAUUCAAUUGCGGUACGAACAAAGUAGCAAGGGAUAUAGUUCGAGAAGCAUCUGGUCUAGAUAUGCUGUGCAAGCUUUUACAGGACAAAAGUGUUUGCGCUAACAAGCAUCUGCUAGCUGCCGUCACGGGUGGAAUUUGGAAAUGCGCUAUAAGCGCAGAAAAUAUAAUAAGAUUCAAUCAGAAUGGUCUGGUGGCAUUAUUGGUGCCAUUUUUAGAAGAGCACGAAGAUGAGGAAGUACUGGCGCAUGUAGUAGGAGCCCUAGCUGAAUGUUGCAAAGAUCCAACUAACAGAAAUAUUUUAAGAGUCAAUGAAGGUUUACCAAAGUUGAUAAAAUUAUUAAGUUCAACGUAUGAACCUCUAUUGGAGAACAUACCCCUGGUGAUCAAAGAGUGCGCUCAAAACGAGGAAUGUAUGGACAUUAUUAACGACCCUGAACACAUCCUGGAUGGUGUACGUUUAGUAUGGUCCUUACUGAAACAUCCCAGUGAUGCGAUCAAAAGAAACGCUUGCCUCGCAUUGGUACCUUGUAUCAAAUACGCAAAAGAUUCCCCGGAAAUGGUACGGGCAUUCGUGGGUGGAUUGGAAUUAACUGUUAGCCUUCUUCAGAGCACCGACACCGCAGUGCUGAGCGCGGUAUGCGCCACCAUUGCUGAGAUCGCCACAGAUCCAGAAAAUCUUGGUAUUCUCAGUGAUCACGGUGUUGUGGAGGAAUUGUCGAAAUUAGUAGGAACGGAAGAUGAAAAUCUGCGGGCUAAUUUGACUUUAGCGAUAGCUCACUGUAGCGAAUGGGGUGAAAACAGUUAUAAAUUUGGCGACCUGAAUGCAGUCGGACCACUUAUUGCUUACAUGACCAGUAAAAAUAAAAAGGUUCUUAGGGGAGUUUGUAUAGCUGCCUAUCAUUUAAGCAAAAAUCCUACAAACUGCAUCACCAUGCACUCUUCUGGGAUCAUAAAGCACGUACUGCGGUUGAUAGGAUCAGAUGAUCCGGAAGUGCAAAUUGCUGCUGCAUCCACAAUUCGAAACAUUCGUAAACUUGCAUUAACAGCAGAAAAAUUACACUUUAAAGAGAUGUACGUAUCUCGUUUUAUGCGUAUCUAUUUCAUACUAAAGUAUAAUGUUCCUAUCUAUUGUUGUAUAAUCUCUAGAAACACACUGGAGGAGACAGAUUUCCUUCUGUAACAAUAACCCUCGACAUAUUCAACAGAAGAAUAAGAUUAAACUGAAGA